AGCAGAAGAGAGCAGAUCAUGAUGAAGAUGUUGGUGGCUGUCUUGCGCCCGGUGCGCAGUCUGUGCUUUGAGGGGUUCAGCUCUUUAAUCCGCGCCACCUUCGACCCCGACUUCGACCCCGAGGACUUCGUGCGCGGCUCCAAGCGGGCUUUUGUUCUUGUUUCAAACCAGCUGGCUCAAAGUAAACUUGAUCUCUUGGAAGAACUUGUAUCAGAUGAGGUAUUUGAAGUGUGGAAGAAGAGGCUUGCUUUACUGUCUGAUGACGACAAGAAUGCCUUGGCUGUUGAUAUGGAUAAAAUAAUGUUUGCAUCAGCAGAACGGACUGGCUUUUACCGUGACAGUGGUAGGUAUAGAAUUCUAAAACAUUUCUUGUUAUAGAAACGUUCCCGGAUUCUGUUUCUCUUCUUAAAGCUUCAUUUUGAUGUAUUCACUUGGUUUAAUUGUAAACUAGAUUCUAGUAAACUAAUAAGCCAUUCACUGGCUGGACCUUUACUUCUGCUGAAUUUUGCACCUCUUUUUAAAGGACAUGUUUUUAUCUUUUUACUGUUGCUAAACUUUAUGAAGAUGAUUUUAAAUACCCUUGUCUCUUCCUUAUCCUCUUUUGCAUUCUUUUAGCCUUUUUUCUGGCUCUUAGUUAAAUGUAUGGUAGAGUGUAAGUAAAAGAUCUGGAAUAAGAUUUUUGUUUUCUUUCUAGGAGGAAGAGAGUUUGUUGUAAUCUGGAUGGGCUUUUGGUAUAACUGCAGUACUGUGAUCUCUGAAGUUGAAAUUUUCGGGUUUCGACUUGAAACACGUAAAAAUAUUUUAGCAGCAAAGUACGAGUAAGUUCCAGUCUUUCCUAAGGCAUGUCUACAUCACAACUUGUAGUUUAAUUUAGAAAUACCUGAACUAGCCGAAGUACUAAAAACAGUGUAGCUGGGGUAGCACAGAGCCUAGCUCAGGCUGAUUUAUCUUGCUUCUUGUCUAGACCAGGGAUAGCCAGCCUGCGGCUCCAGUGUCCAAACUUCCGAGUCCAAACUGAGUAAUGUGCUUGCUGCAAGCAGUCGCAUCACGUGACGUAAUGGCUAUGGAAGCUGGUUGCUGUGUGUUUUGUGCAAAGCUUCAAGGAGAUGCAUAUUAACUUCUGAAGAGGCACAUGUGGCUCCAGAGCUGCGGGUUGGCCACCCCUGGUCUAGACUCUUUCUAGUACCUAAACUAGAUGAUUAAAAAUGGACUUGAGUUCCAAACUCUGAUACAGUCUGCUGUGUGGAUAGACACUUUGUGACUGUAUUGUAUCUCACCCUUGUGCAUUAAAGUUCCCUUAUUAUUUGACCCAGCUUCUCUUCUGGAGUUCAGCUGGGUUAUUUUUCUUUCUUUCCUCAAAUAUCCCCUUAAGAUUAUUGUAUUUCAACCUUAUAGCUUUGCAUUAUUCUGAAACAAGCUCUCUAAAUCUGUUAGAAAACAGAUUCAUGUAACAAACUAUUUUUAAUCCCUUCCUAUACUUCAGCUGCACCCCUUAGGAAAGGUGCCUGUAGUGCAAUAA